AUGAGUGACUUAAACACAGUUUAUGAGCACAUAAGGCGUGCUGAGCAGAAAUGUCGAAGUGGUGACUUAAGUGAUGCAUUGGAUUUGUAUGUAAGCGCAUUGGAAGGCCUCGAUUUAAAAUCUCCGAAUUUUGAUUUACAAGGAUUGGAUGAUACUAUUAUUGAAGCGGUAAAGCUGCUAAGAGAUGAUAUUCAAUUACGGAUAAAGGAAUUACAAAUUUGUGUAAUUGAGUCAUCAAAAGAUGAGAAGGAUAGCAAAAAUAACAAAGCGUCAAUGGCUCUAGUUCAAUCUUCUGCAGGUAAUAACAAUAACCUAGCAGCAUCAAAAUAUUGGGACAGCACUAGAAAUAUCACUGACAUAACAUCUAGUACAUUCAUUGAUCCUUAUACCAGUUCUAUGUUAAGUAAACUACAAAAUUCUAUGGUGGAUUUAAUCAAAGAGGCUAAGAAUCAAAAGACAGACGUAAAUGAUCUGGUUUCAACUGCUCUAUUCCAAAUUGACCAAUUUAAAAAGGAAAUGCUUAUCUAUGAACAGCGUAGAACAAGAGAAUACCAAAUAAAAGUUGAACACCUAAAUAAGGAUGUUAAGAAACUCUCUUCGCAGAAUUCAAAAUUGAAGGAAAGAUGGGACAGUUUAGUUGAAAGUGCUAGGCAACGGAAAAACCGCCAACAAGGACUGUAA